AUGGGGAGUCUCGCUUCACCAUUAAUGGGAAAACGAUCUUCCACUUCGUUGGGACCUCCACCUUCAGUGAGUACACCGUUAUCCAUGUCGGGUACCUCGAAAAAAAACCUCGAGGCGCCCCUUGACAAAGUUUGUGUUCUCAGCUGUGGUAUCUCAACUGGACUUGGUGCUACCCUCAAUGUCGCGAAACCGAAAAAGGGUGACGAUCCAAGACGUUUUUGUUCUACGCCAUGUUUUUGCAGGCUGAAGAGAAUUAUGUGCUACAACCAAGACUAA